AUGGCUAGAAAAGACAGUCUUACGGAUUGUAUGUCAAAAGAUGAAGAAACCAUCCACAGUGAAUUCAAGGAUCGUUCAAUCGGAACUGGACCUCUUCUGAUAUCUGUCAGUAUAUGGUUUGUUGCCAUUCCUUUCGUCAUCUUUGGGGUCGAGUGGUCAAAUAUUGCCUUCCAUAGUAAGGUUGAAGUUGUUGCCACAAUGGUUGUUUAUUUCUCCUUUGGAGCAGUUGCUGUUGUGGCCUUCUUUAUAUCACUGUUAUUAAAUGCACUAACUGUGAAAACUCAACAAACAUAUUUUCAGAAAAUCUCGAACUUCUGGAAAGAGAUGAAGAAAACGCAUUUUCUUAAAACAAACGCAGGAAUGGUCAUUCAGUUCGUAUUAUUUAUUCUUUUUGCUUGUGGAUAUACAUUUAACACCUUUACUUACGCAGAACAUUUACAUACCGACCAAGUUGACCAACGCCUUCUCUCAUCAUAUUCAGUCGUUUGCAUUGCAUUCAUUUGGAUUCAAGUAAUUGUUCUUAUAUUUCUGCAAUAUUACGACAAGAAAAUAUCAAAUGGAGCAAAGGUUCUUCGAAUGAUUAUAAUUGUAACCAAUGCCUGCAGCUGGAUGAACGCUUACUUGUUUGAGUCUUCCGAAAUAUUUGAAAACAAGUAUGAAUCAACUUCAAACGCCACGUUAUACAAUUCUACAAAUGAACAAUGCUUCGAAAGCAUUCAUGAAAUUGCUGAAAUCAUAUUUGCUCCAGUAACUAUUGAGUAUACAAUGAUGGCUAUUGGAUUUCUAUUUCCGACUGCGUUAGAAGAUGUGAAAUACCAAAGGAGUUGGAAAAUGACUUGCUUGAUAAUAGUUUGCUUGAUUAUCUACGAAGCAAGUGUAUUUGGAUUCUCCAUGUAUGUUGUUUUGCAAUGCACAAAAAUUGAUGAAACAAAAGGAAUUCCUAUAGAAUUCUUAUUUUAUGUCAUUCUCAUUGCUAUUUUAUUUACAGCCAUGAUAGCUCUUCUCAUAGUGUGUGUGAUUCUAAAGUCUAGGUCCAAGCUUCGAAAGUCUAAAGAUCACCAUUUACACAUGAGUUCUUUCAUAUUAUUGGUAACUGCUUUCGGAAACAAUUUGUACCACCUUCUCAAUUCCAUUGCCGUUUUGGAGCUGGAUUCUAUAUCUGUAGCAUACAAAAGUAUUGCUUUUGGACAAAACAUCCUAGGACUUAUCCUUGCUUUUCUACAAACUUGGUUUCUUUUAGCCAUCCACAGAUAUGAUGUAACAAACGAGACCAAAAGAGGUCCUAACAGCGACAGUGGAUGUACCUGUCAUGCGAAGACCAGCCUUAAACAUAGCUGCCUCGCUCUUGCAGUCAUGAACUUUGGAUUGUGGACCUAUGGAAGUAUUGCAGAAAUUCGCGAACCGAUCUUCUCCUACCUACAGCAAAAAUAUUACACUGGACCGUCGUGGAAUGUGAUAUUGAAGAUUAUUUUUCCUUUGACGAUUUUUUAUCGAUUCCAUUCAUCAAUGGAUUUUCUGAAUUUAUGGUUACAUUUUGCAAAGGAGGAUUAA